GAGAACACAGGGUGGAGAGAGAGAGAGAGAGAGAGAGAGAGAGGAAAUUCUCUCAGAAGCACCAGAGACAAGAAACUGAUAGAAGAGUGAGAGAGGCUUCUUAUUAGUGAUCGAGAGAUGGAGAGAAAGAAUCCUUUAUAACUUUGGAUUUACUCGGAAGGCAAGAGAAAGAACGUGAAAGAAAUGCAAGAAGUAAAGAUCAACAGGAGAAAUCUCUAUCUUUUCUGCUUUUUGAGUAGCAGAUAAUAGAGAUCGAACAAUUUGAUUCUUUCGUUUCUGGGUUUAUAGAUUUUCUUUAUAAUGGCGAAAACUGGGAUUGUUGAGACGGAUCCAGCAGCAGUGGCUAAGGUAUCGGAAUUAAAGAAGGAGCUUCGAAGGCUUGUGAAGAAAAUUGUAGACGAAGAUGACUCGAUUGUUGAAUCUAUCGAUCGAGCCAAUGCAACCCUUUCGGCGUUGAAGGAUUUGAAGUUCAAGAGACCGCUCUCUCUUAAAAUCGACGGCUCACAUUCUUGUCCUGAUCAAUUUCGUUGCCCUCUCUCUAAAGAACUCAUGGGCGAUCCUGUCAUCUUGGCUACAGGACAGACAUAUGAUCGACCCUGCAUCCAGAAGUGGCUAAAGGCAGGGAACAGGACUUGUCCUAAAACCCAACAGGUCCUCUCGCAUACACUGCUCACACCCAAUUAUCUGGUUCGGGACAUGAUCUUGCAGUGGUGCAACAAUCAGGGAUUCGAGCUUCCAGGCUCUGUCCAAGACAGUGAAGAUGAAGGUGCCACACAAGCAGACCGACAACAUUUUGAAUCUUUGAUUGAAAAGAUUUUGUCCCAAUCUAUUUCUGAGCAGAAAAUGGCUGCAAAAGAGCUUAGGCUUCUAACCAAGCGAAUGCCCUCCUUCCGUGCCCUAUUCGGCGAAUCUGCAGAGUCCAUUCCCCAAUUGCUCUACCCGCUCUCACCGGGCGAGGUCGAUAUUCAUCCUGAUCUUCAAGAAGAUUUGAUUACAACUGUCCUGAACCUCUCAAUCCAUGACAGCAAUAAGAAGCUUGUUGCCGAGACUGCAGGGGUCAUUCCUGUGCUUAUUGAUUCCUUGAAGUUUGGCACCAUUGAGACAAGAACCAACACAGCUGCUGCCCUCUUUACAUUAUCAGCUAUUGAUUCCAACAAGACAAUUAUAGGCAAGGCAGGGGCUAUUAAACCCCUAAUUGACCUCUUAGAUGAGGGCCACCCAUUAGCCAUGAAGGAUGUUGCUUCAGCAAUUUUCAACCUGUGUAUCAUCAAUGAGAACAAGGCAAGAGCUGUCCGUGAUGGGGCAGUCGUGGUGAUCAUGAACAAGAUCAUUGAUCGUGUUCUUGUUGAUGAGAUGUUGACCAUUCUUGCAAUGCUGUCGAGCCAUCAAAGGGCCAUUGAGGAAAUGGGUGAGUAUGGGUCUGUGUCUUGCUUGCUCAGCAUCAUUAGGGAGACUACAUGCGGGCGAAAUAAGGAAAACUGUAUUGCUAUCAUGUACAAUAUAUGUUUCAAUGACCGGACCAAAUGGAAAGAGAUAAGGGAAGACGAGGAUGCCAAUGGCACGAUCACUGAGCUUGCACGUAAUGGGACUUCAAGGGCCAAGAGGAAGGCAAAUGCUAUCCUGGAGAGAUUGAAUAGGAUUGCUUUGAUUACACAUACAGCAUGAUGAAUUCUACAUACUUGACAUUGCCAAAUAAUCUCUGUAAAUACUGUUUCUUGUUUCAUCCAUCACUUUGCUCAUGGAUCAUAUCCACCUCCCUGUAUAAAGUCAAAUUCCCUUACAUGUUCCAUAUACAUACCCCAGCCAUCAGUUCUCCUUCCACAGUGGACCAGGUAUAUCUUAUGCUUUAUAGAUAAAAAUGGCACUAAGAGUUCUCAUCUUUCAGGCCAAGGGUUUCUUCAUCAUGAACAGUAGUACCAUACAAGUCGAUUUACUGGUAAGGAUUUCUCAUCUAAGUAAACAUGGACUGGAAUUUUGCAUUCAUUAGUUGAAUAUCUCCCAUCAAAGGCUUCUUGUUGAUCACAAAUGACUACAGUUUUCAUUUCUCUGAGUCUGGACAAAGAGUUUCUUCAUCGUGAGUAAAAUUCCUGCACAGGAAUUUACUGUAUUUCUUGUCUUCUUUCAAAAUGUAAACAUUGAUAGGCAAUUUGCAAUCCGUUGAAUAUUUUCAAUAAUAAUUUAAAAAAUAAAUAAGACAAAAA